UUCAGAUGGUAUGUGCCGCUCUGCAUGGUGUAACCAGCAUCAUCCCAGAUAGGUACUCUGGAUGAAUAUCCGAAGCAUCACAUUGGAUUUCCGGACUCCAUGAACUCCGGACAGUGCCGUAGGGCUGACCUGCUCGUUGGGUUGAUCCAAGGUUUGAUGGCAUGGUCAGCCAUUCCACAGUUCCAGAACCGCCGAUGGAUGGUCAGUUGCACAAAAAACCAGCCAUCAUCAUUCAACAAUAUUGUUCAUCUGUAUUCCAUCAGUAGGUACUCUGCAUGCCUGGGUAGCUCAGGUGUGAAGCCAGAUGGUCUGACAUCACCUCGACAUAUCGCGAUCACUAAUCCUUCUGGACAAACAGAGAGAUGAUACCAAGCAUCGCUUCAUUCUGGUUUCUCGGGAUUUUGAGACAGUCUGGGACUAGUCGUCGACCGGAUCGUUCCCACCGAGACGCCACUGACCAUUAGACUACUUAGUAUCUAC